AGGAUACUUAAGCACUUCUUUCGACUUGAUCUACGUUUCUUAUCCACCCGCUCACGUCCCCGCUUCCACACUCUCAGCCACCCACUCAUGGCUCUAACCACAGUCCACGGCGGUGGCGGAGGUGGCGGCAGGAUCCUCCCCGUCGCCCCCUCCAGAGCCAGAGCCACGACCACCACCGUCCCAGUUCGCCGCCUCCUCUUCCCCAUCUCGCCCAGAAGAACCCUCCACAUAGCCUCGGCCAAGAAGCUCUCCCCGAGGACCGGCAAAUUCGACAGUAGGAACCGGAGAGGCACCACCACCACCACGACCGAGGACCAGCAGGAUGGUGAAGAUUACGUCCAAGGCCAAGGGACGGCGGAGAUCGAGAGGGUUGGGCCCGAGAGCAGCGCCAUGGAGAGCUCCGGCGUCGCCGGCGACGAUGGGUACUUCCUGCCGGACCUUCCUGGGGACAAGCCUGAUUUCUGGGAGGGCCCUCAGUGGGACGCUUUCGGGUUCUUCGUGCAGUAUUUGUGGGCUUUCGGCAUCGGUUUCGCGUUGAUCGCAUGUGGCAUUGCCGUCGCGACAUACAAUCAAGGAGCUACAGACUUUAAGGAUACGCCGGUCUACAAGGAGUCGGUCCAAUCACGGGAUCUCCUGGAAGAACCCGACGCUAACUCGGAUGUGUUCGAGUCCAAUCCGACUGAGGUGGCCCCGAGCUUGGAAUGAAUAGAGGCACACACCAUUGAAUGGAUCUUGUGUUGGAUCAUAUAAGUCUUAGACAGGGAAACAAACUGGGGAGAAGGGACUUUCUCUCCAUUUAGAGGAAGUUACUGUAAGUUCCUUCUGUCAUUGUAAUUCAAAUACUUUGAUUCCGAAACGGAUAUAAUGUUUUUCAAGCAUGAGCUGAAAACCAAGGACCGUGAACAUGAAUUGCCGUCGAUAUACAAUUGCUUGAAUCUCUUUUCGCAA